AUGAAGUAUUUGCCCGUACAAGACUUCGAGGCCGUCACCGGCGCUCUCAACUUCAAUACUCCAGACUGCAACGUCACCGGCGGCUGCGAUCUCUAUACCACAAAGUCCACCGGCUCCGACAAGAAGCUCUACAAGAACAUUGACAAGGACCUCAGCUCCCAACAUGAGGCCCUCGUCAAACUUGGUGCCAGCCUGUCACCCCCGGAGCGCGAACACAUGCUGGCCUCAUCACCAUCCAUGCAGCUCUUUUCCACCUCGAGUCCUUUCGGUCCCCUCUCAGAACUCUCUAGCCGCCGCACAUUCGCAUACAUGAUUGCCACAUUAAACGCCUCGCACCCGCACUACGACUUUUCUCACGUUCUGCGCCCCGGCGACUUCAAGCGAGAGCGCAACCUGCGCCGCGUCAUGGCCAACCUCGACUCGAUAUUGCAAAACGUCCGUCCAUCAUCCACCUUUGAGCCCACGUCACUCAACUCGUCAUAUGGAACCGAUUCGUCCUCGUUUUGGGGCCCUCAAUGCUGGGCCCUGAUUGACAAGGAGAUGCGCCUCAACGAGUGUACCAUUUUCCGAUACAACCCCGACACGGAUCCCUUCGAGGAGGACGAGAGCGCCAUCUGGGCCGCUCACUACUUCUUCUUCAGCCGAGCCCUGAAGCGCGUAGCCUAUCUCUACGUCCGCGUCGUGCCCGUCAUCUCCUCCCAGAGCCCCUCGUUGAGGCCUAUGCGCAUGGCGGGAGGGCACGGACACAAGCUUGGUGUCUUGGGAGCUGGCGACACCGGUGUAAGCCGUUCUGCAGGUGCUGAGAAGCGUGCGACGUACUGGCUGAGCGAUCGCGAUGCCGAGCUCGUAAUACCACCAGAAAAUGACGACGAGCUUGGUGAUGAUGGCCUGUACUGGAACCGAGGGGAAGACGGGGACAUUGUCGCUUUCUCGGACGACGACUACGUGGAAGACGAAGAGGAUGAUGACUUUGAUGACGUGGAUAUGCUGGAUACGCCGAGAGAGAGAUUUAUGAGCGAAGAUAUUGCCGGUAGGAUGGAAAUUUGA